CAGCAGAAGUCUCUCUAUAUCUGCCAAAUUUACAAGGAACCACUUCCAUGUCCCUCUAAAAUAUUAUUUUGGGAUGCCACUUUAUUCCCCACCAAGUAUACCGAUCUCCGUGGCAACCCUGCGUAUUACACCGAAUUGAGUGGUCCCGUGAAGCAUUUCUUGAACUAUACACGCCCACUUGGACGAGAGGUGGAACCUUUGGGGUGUAGUCGAGUUUGCAUCAAAGGCGUGCAGCUGUUGGUAUUUCUAGAUAUGCUUAUGUAGAAGAUUUGAACCUUUUCAAAACAGUUAAAGGUGCCUAUUUCAAAUAUUGUUUCUUGAAUCAUGCCAAAUCCACUGAUUGAACCGGAGGCUCUUCAUUGGCAGAUCCCUCUAUCUAUGUAAGAUAUUUAUUUUUGACCACUUCAGCUUGAUGCCCACCACUCUGUCAUUGUUUUUUUAACAUUAUAUAUAGACAACUUGUACGAUAAGUAAACCAGUCACUUUCUUGCUUGACAAUAAGAGAGAGAAAAAAAGUUGAACAUUAUCUGAUCUCCUGCCUUUCUAAAAUAGAGAUUAUCCUGUCUUUCCACCCAUUGUCAAACCUACCGGAAGCUCUCCACUAACUUCUCAAUAAUUGAGGCGAAGCACACCAGCGAUCAACUUCCCAAUAAUUGAGGCCACAUACACCAGCCAUCCCAGAAAAGCAAGUAUAUUUCCUGGAGAAAAUCUCUCUCUCUCUCUCUCUCUCUUCUGUAGGAGGUGCUUUUGUCCACCGAUCGAUAUGGAGGCACUGCGAUCAGUUGGAGGAUCCAUCACUUCCGCCGUACUGGACAACUUGGCCGGCCUGGUGAUCUCCGAUGUCAUCCAGCAGUUCGGGCGCCACUCGGGGCUUCAGGAUGACCUCAUGAGGCUGCAAGCUACCCUAGCACGGACACGCUUCAUCCUUGGCAUCGCGGAGAAGAAGCGCACCAAAGAUGACAACCUUGCCCAAAUCCUCCAAGUACUCAAAGAUGCUGCCUACGAUGCCGAAGACUUACUGGACAAAUUCAAAUACCAAGUCCUGCAGCAAAAGGCUGAAAGCCAAGAAAAUCAGAGAGGUACCUUCUUAUUUCCUUCUCUUACACUUGCCAGAAAUGUGUUCAAUCGUGACGGUGAUGCUGUGGCUAAAGUGAGGGAGGUUAUGGGGAGGUUAGAUAGCAUUGCUGAUGAUAUGGAAAAAGUCAUCAGACUCCUAGAUUUAGAUGAUGAAGGAAAAAAAUAUCAGAGAUCGGCGAGACGAGAGACGAGCUCAUUCUUAACUGAACCCGAAGUGUUUGGGCGAGAAAAAGAAAAAGAAAAGGUGAUAAAACUGCUGUUAAAUUCGCCAGAUGCAACUGAAUCCGGUGAUGAUCCUAUCCGUGUUUGUUCAAAGAGACAAAAGAAAGAUAGUAUUUCUAUUGUGCCAGUGGUCGGUAUCGGAGGGAUCGGAAAAACUACUCUUGCCCAACACAUUUACAAUGAUCCGAAGCUAAAUGAUUAUUUUGAUUUAAAGAUUUGGGUUUGCGUGUUUGAUAAUUUUGAUGUGAAAAGGCUAACUAAAGAGAUAAUAGAGUCUGUUACCCGGGAGAGACUCUCUGAUCACCAAAAUUUGAAUUGUCUCCAAGAGAUCCUUAAGGAGAAGAUAAUGUCAAAGAGAUUCCUGCUCGUCCUUGAUGACAUCUGGAAUGAUGACCGCAACGAAUGGGAUCUUCUGUGUGCUCCAUUAAGGUCCGGGCUGCAGGGAAGCAAGAUCUUGGUAACAACUAGAUCUCAAAAGGUAGCAAAGAUGAUGGGCACAAUGGAGGCAGUCUUCUUAGAGGGUUUACCAAAUGAUGCCUAUUGGGAAUUUUUCAGUAGACUUGCAUUUGGUUCUCAGAACCCCAAAGAACAUCUUGAGUUGGAAGCUAUUGGUAGGAAGAUUGCUGAUAGGCUGAAGGGAUCUCCACUUGCAGCAAAGACGCUAGGAGGCCUAUUGAAUUUAGACUGGGAUGAGAGGCACUGGAGGACCAUCAUGAACAGUGAAAUAUGGGAACUAAAACAACGUGAAGAUGACAUUAUACCAGUCCUACAGUUGAGCUAUCAAUACCUGCCUGGAUAUCUGAAGCAAUGUGUUGCAUAUUGUUCUAUAUUUCCUAAAGAUUACGCAUACACAAAAGACGGGCUAGUCCAAGUCUGGAUGGCACAAGGCUUCAUUGUACCUCAAGGAAAUGUGCGGAUUGAAGAGGUAGGGAGUGAGUUCUUCCAUGAUUUGCUUGACAGAUCUUUCUUUCAGCAUAAAUGGGAGGAUGUAUAUGUGAUGCAUGAUUUGAUACAUGAUCUGGUUCAAUCUGUCUCAGUAGAUGAACAUCUAAGAAUAGAAGAUGGCAAGUGGCAGGAAAUCCCCAGCAGGCUCCGACACCUAUCAAUAAAUACUCUGAAUCUGAAGUUGAGUAACUUUGCCAAUUGUAAGAAUCUACGCACCCUUGUCUUCAAGAAUUUGUAUUAUACAAAAUUUUGGUCUGUGCUUGAUUGCUUGUUCACAGCGUCAACAAAGAUCCGUGUGUUGAAAUUCAGGAAUUGUCGGAUCAAAGAGUUGCCUGAAAGUAUUGGCAAUUUAAAACAUCUUCGAUACCUUGAUAUCUCUUUCACCAGAAUUCGAAGGUUGCCUGAAUCACUGUGUAACCUUUACAAUCUUCAGGUGUUAAAUAUAUCUGGCUGCCCAAUUGAAAAUUUUCCUACACGCAUGACCAACCUAGUUAAAUUGAGGCAGCUUAAAGCAGAUGAGGAGACAAUUUGUAAGAUGGCUGAUAUCAGCAAGUUAACAUAUCUCCAAGAGUUGCGGGUAUUCAAAGUUGUAAAGCAGAGAGGGCACAAGAUUGAAGAAUUAAAGGACAUGAUACAGCUUCAUGGAAGAAUUUGCAUUAAAAAUCUUGAGAGCAUCGAAAGUGAGGAAGAGGCCAGUCAGGCUAAGCUGAAUAAUAAACAGUACCUUGAUGAAUUGGCCUUGAUAUGGAAUAUUGAUAGAGGCACCAGCUCAGGGAACGAUGAUGUACUUGAAGGCCUCAAACCGCAUUCCAAUCUCCGAAGGUUGGAAAUCAGAAACUAUGGUGGUGUCCGAUUUCCAAGUUGGCUGGAGCCACAAUCGCUCAAAUAUUUGAAAGCUAUUUGCCUAGAAAAUAUCCAAAGUUGCGGGCAACUGCCAUCUCUUGGACAGUUGCCAUCCCUCGAGAUUCUGUGCAUCAAAAAUAUGCAUGCGGUGAAGCAAGUUGGUCAUGAAUUCUUUGGCUCUCCAGAGGUCCAAGGAUUCUUGUUGCUGAAAGAGCUGGAGAUUUCAGACAUGCCGGAAUGGGAAGAAUGGUUCAGAAUUGAAGGUAUCCAGAUGUUUCCUCGACUGCUUAAACUCUGUAUCCUGAACUGUCCCAUGCUAAGGGGUUUAGCCUCCCUCCCUCCCUCUCUCAGAAAUUUGUCCCUAGAGAAUGUGGGAAUAAAUAUGCUCCCAGAAGCAUGGGACGGAGACUAUGGUUUUACUGAUGAGAGCAGUAUGACAGAGCGCAGCAGAAGCAGCAGUAGGACCUCUUCAAUUUCUUGCAUGCGUAUCUUGCAUUGUCCAAACCUGGUAAAUCUGGAACAAUGGCUGUUGUCACACCACCUGCCGGCUAUCAGGGACUUGAGUAUUUUUGGCUGUCAGAAGGUUGUGCGGUUGCCAAUGGAGAGGUUUAAAGAUUUUCUCUCCCUCGAGUAUUUGACAAUCAUGGACUGUCCCUUGCUCCCGUCCCCAGUGCAAUUGAUCCUUCCCUCUUCUAUCCGAUGGCUUGCAUUGGAUUCAUGUGGUCAUCUGGAUGAGUCACUACCCGGCUGCCUGCACAAUCUCACCUCUCUUACCUCAUUGGAGUUAAACCGCUGCCCACACAUAACAUCUCUUCCAGGAGAAGUGCUCGGUCACAUGAUUGCUCUCACAAGUUUGAAUAUUCGGGACUGCGGAGAACUGAGGUCCCUAGGGGACUUACGAGCUCUCAGAUCUCUUGAUUUUUUGAGUAUAGGAAGAUGUCCUCGGCUCACGGUAUUGGCAAAUGAGGAAGAGCAUGGCGAGGGUUCGGCACGUCUUCGCUUCCUGUGCAUCGACGACACUGCUCUGGUCAAAGUGCUGUUCUCCACAAUCACCCCAGCCUCCCUUGAAUCACUCACAAUCGUUGACUCAACUCAAGUCAUAUUGUUCGCUGGAGAGGAGCAAUUGUGGUUGCAAGGACUCAAAUCUCUCAGAUGGCUACGCCUUGUAAAUUGCAACAAUCUUCAGUCCCUGCCAACAGAGUUGUUGCAUAGCCUUUCCACCCUCCGAGUUUUGGAGAUAAUAAAUUGCCCUGAGAUCCGCUCGCUGCCAGAAAAGGGCCUGCCUUCAUCCCUAGAAAAGUUAUAUUUCCAAAGUUGUCAUCCGGUGUUGACAGAGCAAUUGCGAAGGCACAGGCAAAUGAUGAAAAAGUCGCAUAAUGUGAUUUCGUAGCCUACUGAGACAGGGUCUCCGUCCAUUGCUGCCGCACCAGCUCUCCAUGUUACUCUUUUUGUGCAAACAGAUGGCCGUUACUCUUUUGUACUUGGCCAGCGAUAGCAAAUGGAUUGCUUCUUAAAAAGCAAAAAAUGAAUUGUUUGUAUUUAUGAUAAACUACAGUGCUUGUAAAUAUAUGUAGACUGAUGAUUUACAGCAGAAAGUGCGUGAGAAUAAGUACGCAUUUUUAUUGA